AGCACUACUGAAGCCUCCAUUCUAGAAUACUGCGGUCAGUCCACUACGCAGGUACGAACUCUUCGUUGAUAUUUUUUUCUUCAUUAUUCUCUUGUAGAUAAAUAGAUCGGCACAAAGAAAGGGAAACUGUCAGGAAGGUACAGCGAUAUUUGCUCUCUUUCGAGUGUGCCGUCGGCGUAACACGCACACACGCACAGAGACUUUUCUAUUUCCGAUCUUCUACCGCCUUGUGAUUUCAGAUCGGCAACGACGCAUAGACAGAGAGAACUUCACGGCACACUCAAACAAACAGAACAAAAACUAGACGCACCCGCAGACACGCAAAUCAACGAAUUGCUUUUUUAUUAGACAUUAGAAACACACGCACGCACGCACGCACACGCAUAUAUAUUCACAUAUACGUGCAGAAUGCCCAGCAUCCCGGAGGCCCGCACCCCGGUGAGGAAUCCCACCGGGCCCCACCCCGUGCGUCGUCGCCUGCCCCUCCACGGCGGUCCGACUAACGGGGCCUCUCCCACCUCCCGCAGCCGCCCCAACCCGACCACGCCGCCCAGCAGCGCCAAGAAGAAGUCAACGAAGACCACUGUUAAAAAGCAAAAGCACGUGGGGAAGGCUGCCGGAGCGCACCACCUGCCCUCUCCCUCCCUCUCCCCACCGCCGCCGCCGCCGCCACCAUCAGCGAUUGCGAGUGGGCGUCGCCACACGGACACGGGAGGGCCACUGGCGUUCCUGGACGAGGUCACUCCGACCACCACCACCACCACGACGCCGCUGCGGCCUUCUGAGGUGCUCGACAAGGAACCGCCUCUCCGUGCGCCUGCGCUGCACUCUGCAGAAAUGUGCCUGCCGGACGCGCUCACGCCAGCCGUCGCUGAAGCAGUCAUGUGGCACGAGCGAAGCAGCAGCGCAGAGGACGCCCCGACACACUCGCCGUGCGCCGACCUUUCCGCCCUGGUGGAGAACUCCACAGCCGGGAAACCGUGCUGGAACAUCUGGUCGUCGCUGCGGAAGCCGGAUCGUGCGGUGUCGCUUUCCUCCGCCUCAUUAGUGUCCCCGGCGCGCGCCUUAGCAGACGUGUACGAUGAACACGAUGGAGCCGAGGAUGUUGUCCGCGGCGACAACAAUCGAGCUUCGAUGGGGGCAGACGAUGGCGCGCACGACGGAGAAGCCUACCGCGUUGAGGAGGUCGGCCACACCCCGGCGCCGCUGCCCGUCACGCCAGAACGUCCGAUGCAGGCGCGGUUCUUCCGGUGCUCGAAACCUCACCUGCAGCUGGGCCGCAAGAGCAAGAGCAAGAGCAACAACAAUGAGGAGGGCGGGGCGGUCGUUGCCACAACGGUGGAGAAGGGGGCGGUUGAAAUGAUCGAUGAGCCCAUCAUGCUGCACGUUUGCGACAACGUCUUGCAGGAGAACUCCAUCGUCGCCACAACACCACCAUCGCCGGGUGAGGACGUGGACGGACGAGGCGAGGAGGCGCAGCCGGUGGUGCAUGUUCCACGUGUGCUGGACAUGAACACCACGUUGCUCGGUGACGGCGACGACGUCGACGACGACGUCGCUCCGUGUGAGGGCUGCCACGCGGAGUGCAGCCUCUCGCACCCUGAAACUGUCCUCAGCACCGUUGCUGCCGCUGCUGCUGCGUUGACAGCGGAAAAUCAGAACGCUUCUGUUUCUGAGGCGGUGCGAGUCAGCCUCGAAGAUGGCGCCUCGACGCAAAAUGCUGUCCUGACCAGCAUAGAAGUGAACUGCGAGUUUCGUCGUGAAAAGCCGGACUCACUGGCGGUUGUGCAGCGCGACGCCAACGCGUCGAUGCCGCUGCCGUCCGCACCGUCCGACGCCGCGACGGACGCGGAGGACGGUUGUUUCAGCGACAUGUCCGCCUCUGUCUCCCCCAACACCUCCGUCACCGACAGCCGCGCCAGCAGCGAGACGAGCAGCGGUGCGGCGCUGCAGCGAGUGGCCACCGCCGCACCGGUGACCAUGCCCCUGCACUCCUCGCGCCCCUCCACCACCACCGGCUACCACCACCACGAUAGCCAGGCGUCCCUAUCGUCGCUGACCUCGGCGAAUACGUCCGGUGUGGAAAAGAAAAAGGAAACGGAGCAGCGGGAGCGCAUUUUGCCGUCGCCGGCUCGCACGGAUGAAUCGGACGGGACCGCGAAGCAUGUGUCGAUGUCGAGCGGCAGAGGGCAGAACAGCAGCUAUGGCUGCACGGAGGGCAUGAAUAGCCCUGCGAGUUUGAAGACACGCCAGUCCACGCCGCAAAUCGAGGAGGAGGAAUUCAAUGAUAGAGAGGCCGCCGGUCGCUGCUCGAACUCCCCCGUCGUUGUCGCCCCGUCGCAGGAGGCCACCGUAAACCCCGCGGAGGUCCUCAUCGAAAGCAAUCCGCAUCCAGCAGCGGUUGUUGUCCCGUUGGACGUCGUGCACGUGCGGAUUCAAGGACCCCUGCUCGCGGCGGAGACAGCGGAAUGGAUGGAGUGCCAGUCACAGGAGGCGCAGUAUCGAACACCGCUGGAGCCGACGCGAGCAGAGGCCCGACGCCGCCUGUGGAAGUCCGCGCUGUCCUCGGUAGAGUCGCUCGUGGCGGAGUACCAGGAAAGCCUCUUGGCGACGGUGAUGAAGGCCUUUGGCGACGCGUGGCUGCCACCGACGCCCCCAACUGGGCUGCACCACGUGAACUCGGCCGCGCUUCUCAAGCCUCCCUACGCACCUCGCAACAGGGCAAAGACACUCGUGCCGCCCCCGCCGCCGCCCCUUCCUGGGUCUGUGCCGGUGCCUGGACGUGGGUCGGCCUGUACGUUUCCUGUCAAAGGGCUCAAUGAGAUGCUGGUGAUCGAGCAGGAGGUGCGCGAGUCGGAGCUGUCGUUUCUCUUUCAGCUCUACCUGGCCUCCCCGUCCGAGACGGCCCGAGUGGGCCUCAUGAAGGAGUUCUUUCGCCACCAGCACCAGCGGCACGUCAACUGGAUAAACCACCUGAUGUUUGAGGUUCUGUACGUGCGCAUGGUCGCAGUGCGGGCGAUGCAGAUGCUGGAGAUGCACGAGCGCCGUCUCACGUGCAUGCGGCGCGACGUGGGGAUCCGCGACAAAAUCGAGCUCUUUGUGCUGCUCGCCCCGCGUCCACGAGCGCCAACGUUGGCCGCCAGCCGCGGCGUCUUCUCGGCCUUCCGCAUGGUUCUCCACGCCCUGACCGGGAAUAACAGCGGCCAAAGCCGCAGCCGAACAAACGGCAGCGCGAAGAAAGACAGCAGCAACAGCAGUAUCCAUGCCCCAACAGCGGCUUCUCGACGGCCGCCACCGCCGCCACCGCCGCCACCGGCACUUGCAGCCGCAGCAUCAUCCUUGCAGCGUUCCUCCCUGCAGACGAAGAAAGGCGACACCGCAACAAGGACGGCGGGUGUGGUGGGCAACCUGGAGCCCCUCUUCGCGACGGAGCGCUGUGGCAGUGGAAAGUACUCCGUACCGGUGGUGUGCGAACUGACCUCUCGGCCGGCCAGCGCGCGCGGUCGUGGUGCGUCGUCGAGUGCGGCGAGCACGGAAGCGGAUAAGGACAGCGAAGACGACAACGACGAUGACGCGGCGAUGCCGACGGUGCGGGAGGUCACGGAGGAGACGGAACCCUUUCGGGAGCCGGUAGACGGGAACCGCGGCGCCCCUCGCCCGCUCAACAAAACCUACUCCGACUACUACAAGAUGAUCGCCGAGAAGAGCACCCGGCCGUCGCUGUUCAGCGACAUCCACCUCCCACUGCUGCGGCGGACAGGCUCGCGCACCUCCGCCGCCGCCUUCCGCCGUGCGUCGAAGGACAAGAGCGAUGACGGGGAAGCAAAGACGGAGGACGCGGCGCACGGGGAGAAGGUGGGCAAGCUGGACCGGCUGCUGUCGCGGAAGUCGAGUCGGCCGCCACGGCAGCAGAAAGACAGAGAGUUUUCGGAUGGGCGUCUGCGGGCGAGGGAGAUCAUCGCUGCGAAGCAGCGCACCCGCACCCCACCGCGAACGCCGACGGAGGCCGAAUUUGUGGAUCUACGCGAUGAGGAGGUGCUACGCCGCUUUGUGCGUUAA